AUGGGUUCUAAUCAUAAGUGGCAUAUUAGAAUGAGAGGGAGAAGAAAGACAGUGAAUUGUUUGGAAGGGGAAAGGGUUCUUCAAACCCUUGUUCUUCAAAGUUCUACUAUCAAUUGAAUCGGUGGAGAUUGAGAGGCAAACACGGAAGUCCCGAAGCCCUUUCGAGGUUCUUCAAAGCCAUACGUUGUGUCGACCUACACAAAACAGAGAAAGGAUCUUGCUGUGAGAAGCAAAUGGUACACUCUUCUUUUCGGCGGCCAGACUAGUUCGACGUUGGCGGUGUGAUUGAAGUGGUUGUGGGCAAUUUCACUCUACCUAAAACCCUAAUCCAACAAAGAAAGAGAAAAGAAUUUGAAGAACAAUUAGAAAAUCUGAAGAUGGCUCCUUAAUUUUAGUGGUGAUUUCUUUGAUGAUGAGGUUGGUGGUGAUUCCGGGUACACGAAAAGUAGAACUCAUAGCAUGAAUGAACAACGUUGGCAUUCAACAUCUGAGCUCCAAAAAAUUUUGCAAGUUUGGGAAAGACUUCGUGGUGGCCAUGAAAGCGGUAAUCUUGAAAAUAGUAUUUGUCCAUCUGGGUUUCACCUUGAUGGCACAUGCACAUGUGGAUCAAUAUUGAUGGCUGAGGAAUCUGGUACUCAUGCAAGUAUUUCACGAAUAGCGAUGCUAGCAGAAGCAUUAUUUGAGUUGGGAAUAAGGCUUUGCUGCAGCUGCUGGUCUGUUGUUGCUGCUGUUGCUUGCUGCUGCUGCCCUGGUGGCUGUUGGUUGCUGGGCGGCUGCUGCUGCAAUGUUGCUGUGAGGUGGCUGCUACUAGAUGCUGGUUUACUGCAAUGUUGUUGCUGCAAUGGUUCUGUCCCUGACCCUGGCUCUGUUUUGUUUGGCAGGAAAAUGAGGAACACUGUUGGAAGUGGAUCAUUAUACUUAUCCUAUAGAGCAAAGAGUUGUUUGAAAAAUCCUAUGUAUUGUGGUUUAGUUUGCAGACUAAUGAGGAACACUGCUAGAAGUGGAUCAUUCCCACUGCAAUUGCGGAUACACUGUCACAAGUAUGAAUUGUCUUAUUGAGAUUGUCUACAUCUCAAUCUAUGCAGUUUCCUUCCAUUUGGUAUAGCCAUACUCUACUGUUGAACUUCUCCUGAGUUGAAAUGUGUUUUUGUUUCCACAAUUAAUUGAGAUAGAAUUUCGCUUGUCUUGUAUAAUUAUUAUUUAUAUUAUAUGAUACAGUACUAACAUAAAAAUAUAUGUACUUGUUCCCCAACCGAAACUGCAAAAUGCAAUU